UCGCGCUGGAGGUAGCUACUUUCGAGUGGGAUUCGUAAGUGGAGCAUGAACAACCGUGCCUCAUGUUGCUCCUAAUUUUUGUGGCGGUUCUAUUUUCCAUACUUUCUUACUCAUUUUUCUUUCCAGAGCCGGAGCCCAUACUGAAUUUAUACCGGAAGAAAGGCAGAUGGUACUAUCUAAAAUACGUAUUCGCAAGAUGCUUCCUCUAUAUUUGCAAGAAUCAUCCUUUCCAUCAAAUGAAAAGUUCAAACUUAGCCGACCCAAAAAAAUUCGCAGAGGCCUACGAUUGCACUCAACCCCUUGCAGAUAGUCCAUGGGGUUUUGAUGCUGUGUUCUUUAUGGCGGCGAAUUCAGAUGGGUUCUAUUUCGUCAUCGGAGUAGAAAGACGGAAUAAUAGUGUGUCUAAUUGUCUCUUUUAUGUUGUGGUACCUGGUCUUGGACUGCUCGAAAAUAUCGAAAUGCCAAAUACUGCACUUUAUCCGGCGGAGGAGGGCACCUACAAUGUAAAAGGAUUUCACAUUUCUGUUGUAGAGCCCAUGAAAAAGUGGAUGAUUGCUUAUGACGGCGAUAUGAGGAUGGAGAAUGGCAAGCGGCGCAAUGUGCAUUUCAAAGGCACGUUCAGCUCUGAUCAACCAUAUUUUUCCUUUGACACAGAUCUUCACUCGCACGUCCUAGCUCACGGUAUUGCCCUCGAACCAUGGAGUAAACAAUAUUUUGAAACAUUAAAAGAGCAUCAGCAAAACCACUAUGAGCAGAUUGGAAUCCUCGAGGCAUCUCUUACCAUAGAUGGUACAAACAUUUCUGUUCCUUCAACACCAACAUAUCGGGAUCAUUCUUUCGGUAAACAGAGAAAUUGGAAUUUGAUGCACAGAUAUUCGAUGUUCAUGUUGUUCCUAGAGAAUGGUUAUUUCGUAGAGGUAGGGGUCGUAUGUCAACCUGGAUCAUUUUCUGAACUCUUCGUGGGGUAUGUAAGUGACUGCAAAGGAAUAAUUGAUCCACUGGAAUGGACAGAUUUGAAGAUAUAUCAGCACGGCGAAUUAGGAAAACCACCAAUUGAUAUUGCUUUCCAGUUCAAGGCCGGCGGCAAUUUAUACACUGCGCAAGCUGAGACGGUGCAUCGCGGCCAACAUUUGAAGGGAUUCAACCGCCAAAUAAAAAUGUUCGAAAGCUUCGUACGUUGCAGGGUCAACGGAGUUCCCGGGGUUGGAAUCUCAGAAUUCAGUUAUUCGAAUGUAAAAGUGAGAGAAACGGAAAUUUCUUCGCUCCUAGAAGAUAUCAAAGCACAAUGAACUUCUGCGAAAGUAGGUAUAGUUAUUGGCGGAGAGGCAUGGACAGAGUAUUUCCCUGAGGUGACACAAAGUCACACAAAAAUGUGUUUUUAAAUUACAGUACGCGCAUUAUUCUAGCGCUCUCUUCUGAGAUAAGAUGGUCAGUCGAGCAGCCGGCAAAUUAUGUAGUUCAGGUUUUUAGUUCAAAUUUUGGUACCUCCGCCUGACAAGUGUAAUCAGUCGUCCUCUUCACAGGCUAUUGUCUUUGUAUUAAAUUAAUUUUUGAAGAAAAAAAAAUAAUUAAUACCUAUUAAAUCUGACUUUCUUCUAAA